AUGGCACGCGUAUUGGAAGGCAAAUUCGGCAUCGUCACCGGUGGAUCGCGGGGAAUCGGCGAAGCUAUUGCUCGCAACCUUGCCGCCAAGGGCUGCUCUCUGCUCUUGAACUUCACAUCCGAGUCCUCACGCUCGCACACAGAAGACCUGUGUGCCUCGCUGGCCUCCGCACACGGCAUCCGCUGCGAAUCUGUCCAGGCUGACCUGAGCAAGCCCGAAGAGGCCGUCACAGCUAUCCUCAACGCGGCAAAGGAGAAGUUUAGCUCUUCGGGCAAGCUGCAGAUUGACAUCCUGAUCAACAAUGCCGGCGUCGCGGGAGACCGCAACUUGAACGACGCUGCGCGCGGCCCCAUCGCCCCGGAGCACUUUAACUGGCAGUAUACGAUCAACGUCCUUGCUCCGCUCCUCCUCACCCAAGCAGUCGCCCCAUAUCUCCCCACCGACCGCAGCGGCCGCAUCGUGAAUACCUCUAGUGUCUCGUCCUCGCUUGGCUUCGUAGGCCAGUCGAUCUACGGUGGAACCAAGGCUGCACUAGAGUCUAUGACUCGCACCUGGGCGCGCGAGCUGGCAGACCGCGCUACUGUCAACGCCGUGAACCCUGGUCCUGUCAUUGGAGAUAUGUACUUCAAAGCGGGUGAGGAUUUCUGGGGAGAUAUUCAGGGAUUCCAGGAUAAUACUCCCAUGAGCAAGUUGGUCGAGAGUGACCCGGACACCAUGGGCCGAUUGAAUGAGGAGCAGAUUCGCUUGAUUAAGGAGAAAAUGGGUGGGAGGAGACCUGCUUUUACUAGCGAAGUUGCUUGUACCGUGGGUAUGCUGUGCACUCCUGAUGGAAUCUGGACUACCGGUAGUGUGGUCUGCGCGAACGGCGGUAUGAAGAUGGGCCAGUAG